AUGUUUGUGCGUUUCAUGGAGCACGCCACCACGCGAAAGACCAAGUAUGCCGACAUGCUACACAAGACGACGCAGGAGCUUAUGAUCGUGGGGCUGAUCUACCUGCUGGUCAAGUUGUGUGUGUUCACAGAAAAGUUUAUGACCCUCGUGCGCCUCCAGUUUGACACGAAAGGAACGACUCUGACUCUGCUCCAGGCGGACAAGCCGAUGCCGUCGGCUGCGCUGCGGACUCCGACUCAGAUCAACGAUUGGCGAACGAACCGCCGUGUCUGGUGA